GAGGCACAUGUGGCGCUCUCAGACCAAACGAAUAUUCAAAUUAAUAUACCACGCGAAGACAUGCUAUGAUCCUUUUUACGUUUCUAUUCCAAGUCUCCUAGUAAAUCUCUUCAUCAUGCAGAACGACAAAGGUGUUAUCGUGGAUAUGUACAUCCCCAGAAAGUGCUCCGCCACAAACCGAAUCAUCGGUGCGAAGGACCACGCCUCCGUUCAAGUGAACAUCGCUGAUGUUGACGAGAACGGUGUGUACAACGGAAAGUUCAUCACAUACGCUCUGUCUGGUUUCGUACGUGCUCUUGGAGAGUCUGACUCCUCCAUUGUACGUCUUGGUGAGGCCGACUCCCUUGUAACCACUAUGUAAAUACUCGAAAAUCUGUAGUAGUGCAAGGAAACAUGCCACAAAUGUGUGCUUGUGUGUUUUAGUUCAUACGGAUGUUCCUUUCGAGUUUUAUUAUUAGUUGAGAAUGCUGUCUUGGAAUGGUUCUGGGAUGAUUUCGGUCCAGACUACUUUUAAUACACACUUCAAGAGUCUAGGGUACUGCGCAUAAACCGGGGAACGAAUAACCAGCGGCGAGCGUGUAAGCGGACUUGUGUAAAUAAAGGGAAGGAUAGUUCUUAAGUCAUGUGUUUCCGGAAGGACUUGUUUUCAAUAUUUACA